CUGGCCAGAGAGUUAAUCUGCUUCUGUCAUUUCUGAUGCAACUCAGCCCCCAGACUAGCUGCAGAACUGUAGUUCUCUGAAAAAAUAUUUUGACAUAACAGAGAUAUAUAAAUACCCAUCAUUUCAUGACGUGAUACGCAUGUAGCUCAAAAUCUCAUAUGCUAAGAGUUCUAAAAUGGCGUGCAUUAAAUGCAGUCAACCAUUUGAAACAAGGAAAACAGGUUUUAAAAGAAAGUUGGUAUCAAAGUUACCUACUCCUUUGAUUAAACUUAAUGACAUUUUGGACAAGAAAAUUACUCUGCCAUUAACCCCGUCUAGUAAAUUUAUCUGUAAUGAUUGUGCCUCUCUGACUAAGCAUUUAUAAGCAUGAUACUGCCAAAUGUUCUAGCAACAUUGCUACAGCUACAAAACCGGUUAAGUCCUCACAAGCACAAAGCUAAAAGAAAAUUUAGCUUCACACCACUAAAACUUGUGAAGAGGAAAUGUUUGACCUCAACUCCAUUGAAGUCUUCAAAGCACUUCAAUUUAAAGAAGGAAGGUUUUAAAGAGCAGGUGUACAAGUACAUCAUGGACUCUCACUAUGAAUAUCCAUACCGACUUCUUUUAAGAAAAAGCAAAACUGCUAGGGAUGCAUUGGUGAGAGUUUUGAAACUUUCCAUAAAGAAAGAAGUGAAAAGUGUCAAUAUUCCAUCACUCAAGAGGCCAACCAAUCUGAAGUCAUUCGAAACGUUUAGCUGGGACAGUGCAAUGCAUGAAGCAUCUUGUGGGAUGUCUCUCUUGACAGGGGUUUUGCAAGGUGCACUGUCAUGUCGCCGAGCUAAAAAUGCUGAAAUGUAAGUUGUAAAAUCACAUGCACAUUAUUAAAUUGAAUGUAAAUCCAGUAAGCAAGAGUCAUUAUUAGUUCGUUGUACUGUCAAUAUAUUAUGUUUGACAUAUGUGUAAUAUUUAGUGAAAAUUAUAUUUUUCCUUGCUUACUUUGGAUUCAAUUUAAAGUUUUUUUGCAUAUAUAUCAAUUAUAACAAUAGACUUUUGCAAAGAGAUUAAUUCAGGAGAAGUUACGUAGCACUAAAAUAGAUAUACAUCAUGAAUACAUGAACAUAAUUUCUAUAAUAAACAUUACAGAAAUGACAUGGGAAAACUUGGCUCUUUGGUUCCAGUUCUUGGUUUUAUUUUGGGAACCAUUCUCUACCUCCAUAAACCCCAGCAGUACAACUUCUUACAAACCAUUAUUUCCAUUGAAAUGUACAGGUCGGGUUGCAGUCAAAAGGUAAAAAUUAAAAUAUUGAAGCCUCCGUUUUCUUUUCACAAUAUGAUAAGCCAACUUUACAAUUUAAAGAAUUUUCUCGUGAAUCUGAGGCAAUAUCAAAAUUGUCACCUUGCAUUGCAGCUUUUCCGAUGGUUCCAAAAGUUAGGUAGGAGCAAAGGAGUGAAAGGAACACGAAUAGCAGCUGAUAAAAUAUGCAGCGAAUUCGAUCAGAAAAUUGUGUUAUGGAAGAAUAAAAUACAGGUGGAGCUUGGAAUGCCUGAACCUCCUCAGCAACCAUUGAACGUGGACUUUGAAAGUUCAGAUACAGACAGCUCACAUAACUCCCUAGCUUCCUCUGGUUCUGAGAUUACAAACCAAGAUUCCUCUGAUGUAGACUUCAGUAGUGAAGAUGAAAGUGAUAUAGUACCUCUACCAUUUGAUGAUUCCCUCCUUGAUGAACCAGAGGCGGAUGAACAAAGUACAUACAUAUUACACCAAUUGCAUCACUAA